UGAAUUCAAGUGUUUUUCAAUACAUUUUAUUUAAUGUGUUUUUGGACAGAAAACUAAUGAUAUACUAAAUCAAGAAUAAAGAUAUUAUUUCGUUGGUCACGACAUCGAUGGCUACCAUAACGCGUAUUUUUAGCCUAAGUAAUGGCAAGAGUGUGUAUUUGUUGCCGUCGUCCAUACGGGCGCUGCACUUGUCGUCCAAUCGACACAACGCCAACUUCGAGGUUAAGCCCAUUAAGAAGGUAUUGGUCGCCAACAGAGGUGAGAUAGCGAUACGUGUAUUCAGGGCCUGUACUGAAUUGGGUAUUCGUUCGGUGGCCGUGUAUUCUGAGCAAGAUAAAAUGCACAUGCACAGGCUUAAAGCCGAUGAGGCUUAUCUGGUGGGCAAAGGGCUGCCACCGGUCGCCGCUUACCUAAACAUUCCCGAAAUUAUCCGAAUCGCCAAAGAGGCCGACAUCGACGCCAUUCAUCCGGGCUAUGGAUUCCUGUCCGAGCGCUCAGACUUUGCCCGAAGUUGUAUCGAUAAUGACAUCCGAUUCAUCGGUCCGUCGCCGGACGUGAUGGCCCGCAUGGGUGACAAAGUGGAGGCGCGUAAAGCGGCCAUCGAAGCGGGCGUACGGGUAGUGCCCGGAACCGACAGACCGAUCACCGACGCCCGCGACGCCAAAGAGUUUGUCGAAAAUCACGGAUUGCCAGUGAUUUUUAAGGCCGCUUACGGGGGCGGCGGUCGCGGUAUGCGAGUCGUGCGCAAUAUGAAAGAGUUGGAGGAGAACUUCGAGAGGGCGUCGUCGGAGGCGUUGUCGGCCUUCGGGAACGGAGCCAUGUUUAUCGAGCGCUUCAUUGAACACCCGCGACAUAUUGAGGUGCAAAUACUCGGCGACCAAUACGGCAACGUUGUUCACCUCUACGAACGCGACUGCACUGUACAGCGCCGGCACCAGAAGAUCAUAGAGAUCGCUCCCUCACCCAACUUGGAUCCAGUGGUGCGCCAGAAGAUACUGAGCGAUGCGGUGAAGUUGGCCCGACAUGUGGGCUACCAGAACGCCGGUACCGUUGAGUUCCUCCUGGACUCCGACGGCACCUAUUAUUUUAUUGAAGUGAACGCCAGAUUACAAGUGGAGCAUACGGUGACCGAAGAGAUAACGGGCGUUGAUUUAGUUCAGAAACAGAUCCGCAUAUCAGAGGGUAAUUCGUUGCCUAAUCUGGGACUCGAACAGAAGAAUAUCAAAGUGGAGGGAACAGCACUUCAGUGUCGGGUCACUACCGAAGACCCGGCAAAGGGUUUCCAACCCGACACCGGGCGUAUUGAGGUGUUUAGAAGUGGCGAAGGGUUUGGUAUACGACUGGACGGGGCGUCCGCUUUCGCCGGCGCUAUAAUAUCGCCAUAUUAUGACUCCCUUCUGGUGAAAGUGAUAGCACACGCGACAAACAUCCAGUCGGCGGCCGCCAAAAUGAAUCGCGCGCUCCGGGAGUUCCGCGUUCGGGGCGUCAAAACUAAUAUACCAUUUCUAUUGAAUGUCUUGGAGAACGAUAAGUUCCUGAAGACGGCGUACGACACAAACUUUAUAGACACACAUCCGGAACUGUUCAAGUUUGAGGCCUCACAGAACAGGGCCCAGAAGUUGUUGUACUACUUGGCAAACGUCAUGGUGAACGGCCCGUCCACUAUAUUGGCCACCAAACUUAAACCAUCGGAUAUUACACCCGCUGUGCCCGCAAUCGAUAAGACAAAUCCAGUGCCAAAGGGUUGGAAACACAUACUCGAUAAAGACGGUCCCGAAGCGUUCGCCCGCGCCGUACGUAACCAUAAGGGACUGCUGUUGAUGGACACGACAUACCGUGACGCUCAUCAGUCACUACUGGCCACUCGAGUCCGCACAUACGACUUGUUGCGAAUAUCGGAAUACGUGACCAACAAUUUCAACCCGUUGUUUAGUCUGGAGAAUUGGGGCGGCGCUACGUUCGACGUGUCGAUGCGGUUCCUCCACGAAGACCCGUGGGAACGUCUGGAGAAUUGGGGCGGCGCUACGUUCGACGUGUCGAUGCGGUUCCUCCACGAAGACCCGUGGGAACGGUUGGUCGAAAUGCGUAAACUCAUACCAAACAUACCGUUUCAGAUGCUGUUGCGCGGCGCCAACGCUGUCGGCUACACCUCAUACCCGGAUAACGUGGUGUUCAAGUUCUGCGAAUUGGCCAAACAGGCGGGAAUGGAUAUAUUCCGUGUGUUUGACUCAUUGAAUUACUUGCCAAACAUUCUGGUGGGUAUGGAAGCCGCCGGACAGGCGGGCGGUGUUGUCGAGGGCGCCAUUUCCUACACGGGAGACGUGUCCGAUCCGAAGCGCACCAAAUAUAACUUAGAUUAUUAUAUCAAUUUGUCGGAUAAGUUGGUCGCCGCCGGAACUCAUAUACUCUGCAUUAAAGACAUGGCCGGCCUCUUGAAGCCAAAGGCGGCCAAAAUGUUGGUCGAAGCGCUUCGAUCACGACAUCCCGAUAUUCCUAUUCAUAUACACACUCACGACACGGCCGGCGCGGGAGUGGCCUCAAUGUUGUCCUGUGCCGAUGCGGGCGCUGAUGUGGUCGACGUCGCCGUCGAUUCCAUGUCCGGAAUGACAUCACAGCCAAGUAUGGGAGCUCUGGUGGCCUCUCUGGCGGGCACUGCCUUAGAUACCGGUCUAAAACUGCCGCACAUUAGCGACUACUCUGCCUAUUGGGAACAGACCCGCACACUAUACGCCCCAUUCGAGUGCACGACUACCAUGAAGUCGGGUAACGCCGACGUCUACUUGAAUGAGAUACCCGGCGGACAGUACACUAACCUCCAGUUUCAGGCCUACUCUCUCGGUCUGGAGAAACAGUUUGAACAGAUCAAGAAGGCUUACGCCGAGGCCAACAAACUGUUGGGUGAUAUCAUUAAAGUGACGCCAUCUUCCAAAGUGGUCGGAGAUUUGGCACAAUUUAUGGUUCAGAACUCAUUGUCCGCUCGCGAUGUGGAGGAAAGGGCCGAAGAGUUGAGUUUUCCGAGUUCUGUAGUGGAGUUUAUGCAGGGCUUUAUUGGUGAACCUCACGGAGGUUUCCCCGAACCACUCAGGAGUAAAAUAUUGAAAGGGUUGGCACCGAUUAGUGGCCGUCCGGGUCAACACUUGCCGCCACUUAAUUUCAUUCAACUGAAGGACGAGUUGAUUGAAAAACACGGCGAACCCGUUACCGAUCACGACGUCAUGUCUUCGGCGAUGUAUCCCAAAGUUUGCGAU